AGCCAUUUCUCUUACCAAUUUAGUGUUCUUCCCACAUCUUUACCAGGUUACUUCCUUCGUUUCAUUUAGGUUUCAACUCAGAAAUCCUCAGACGGACCUUCCCUGUCCUGUCUACUUAAAGUAACCUUCUCUCCUCCACCUUUUCCAUGUCAUUGUCUGUCUCAUUAUUCUAUUUUAUUGGCUUGUCACUAUCUAAAAAUUAUCUCAUUUGUUUAUUGUUUGUCUUCCUCAAUUAGUAUGUAAGCUCUAUUAGCAACGCAGAGUAAUCUUCUUGUUCACUGCUAUAACUCUAGUGGCUAGAACAGUGCCUAGUGGAGAGUAGGUACUUAAGAAAGAUUUGCUGAAUGAAUGAAAAAAGACACCAGUCUUGAUAAGCUUCAUGACAUAUCACCUUAACAGUUACCAUCUAUUUUUUUUUUCCUACCUACUGGCCAUACCUCCUCUUCUAAGCAUUGCAUGUUGGAAUUCCUCGGCUCUGUGUCCUCUCUCUAAAUUCUCAGUCAACUUUCUCUCCCUAAGUAAUCUCAUUCAGUCACAUGGGUUCAUUUCUUAUCAAUAAACUGAGUCCUAAAUUUAUACUUAUAGUGUCGUUCUCUUCCGCCCCAUAGAGAUCCACUUGUAUUUUACAUAGGCACUUAUACAUCAUUCUCUACGGCUUAUUUCAAUAACUGGCAUCAACAACCACAGAGCCGCUCAAAACUGAACCUCUGAAAUUAUUCUUAACUUCUCUCUCCUCACUCCUGGAUAGCCAACCACCAAGUCCUGUUGGUGCCACCUUCUAAACAUCUCUGGAAUCUUUUUUUCUCAUCAUUACAUUCUCUACACUAGUUCAAGCUACCAUUAUCUGUCACAAAGAUCAUGGACUAUUGCAAUGGCCCCUUGAUAGGUCCUUCCCCUUUCACGCUUAUCCCUUCUAAUCAAUUAUUCACAAAGCAAUCAUUUAAAAACACAACCUUCCCAAGCUCUCAACAUAAAACCCAUGAUGUUUAAGCGGUUAUUGGCCCAGCAGAUCUGAUCCCCACCUUGCUCUCCCUUUUACUUUCCAGCCACACUAGACCUCAUACAGCUCCUUGGGUUUUCACUAGCUUCAGACCUUCACGUGUUAUUACCUCCGCCCUGUACACCUGCAUCCUCCGUUUUCACCUGGUUAAUGUCCGCUCCUCCUUCAGAGCUAGUGUAACUUCCGGUGGAGCCUUCUCCUAUGAUUUCUAGUCCCAACUAUUAAUACUUGCUUGAUCAUUUGAUUAAUGCUUUAAGCUACGUAUGAGAUUGGAGAGGGUUCAGAGUGUACAUUUUAUCCCAACCCCCCUCCCCCCCACCCCCCCCCCCCCCCCCCGCAAAGCCUGUCCUACGGAAGACCUUCGGGUAAAAAAAAAAAUCGAAGAAAACAAAACAAAAGACAAAUGAAAAUUCGAUUGGGGUAGUGGGAAAGAUUAUCUGUAGCUACACGACCAUUGAAAACACAUUUUAAGGAUGCAAUUUGGGACCAGGGAGGGGGGAUAGUGGCGUGUUGGAAAGGUCUUUGUGGCGACGAACUUUCAACCGAGGGCCAGGAUCUGAGGGUUUACAAAUACACUGCCAGGACUAUUAUCACCUUUAAGUCAUUUACUCGUUUUCAACUUCUGCUUGUCUGCGACAGCCUAACACAGGAAGCAGCUGCAGUCUUCUCAAACCGCAGCCGCUGACCUUAGCGGCAAGAGACCCGACCUGCCCUCCAGGCGCCCGGCGCUCGGCUCCCAGAGGCGCCGCGCAGCUCCCUCAGCGGCAGUCACAGCUGGCCAGCGCGCACCCGGCACGCGCGCCCCCAGGGCCUCUGCGCGCGGACCCGGCUCUCAGGCGCCGCGGGAGAGGCCCCUACUCACGGAGCGCGCGGCCCGUGCGCCCCCGCGCCGACCGCGUCCCUCAGUACGUGGCACCCUUGGAAAGUGCCUGUCUGGUCAAUCGAAGAGUCCUCGUUUCGACCAAAAAAAUUCCCCUCAGAAAUAUGCAUAGCACGGCAAUGAAGGAAUUUUCACUACGAAGUGGAAUGAUGAUGGUCCGACCAGGUCAGGACGAACAUAUGAGGGGUUAGAUCUAAGCAGGCACUGUUAAAGACAGUCGCAGCCGGGCCCUCCUGCCGCAAGCUGCCCUCCCAGCCAAGGGUCCUUCAGGUAGGAGGUCCUGGGUGACUUUGGAAGUCCGCAGUGUCUCAUUGCAGAUAAUUUUUAGCUUAGGGCCUGGUGGCUGGGUCGGUUCUCUCCUUUCCAAUCGGAGACCUCUGCCGCAAACAUGCUCCGCCAGAUCAUCGGUCAGGCCAAGAAGCAUCCGAGCUUGAUCCCCCUCUUUGUAUUUAUUGGAACUGGAGCUACUGGAGCAACACUGUAUCUCUUGCGUCUGGCAUUGUUCAAUCCAGAUGUUUGUUGGGACAAAAGUAAACCAGAGCCCUGGAACAAACUGGGUCCCAAUGAUCAAUACAAGUUCUACUCAGUGAAUGUGGACUACAGCAAGCUGAAGAAGGAACGUCCAGAUUUCUAAAUGAAAUGUUUCACUAUAACGCUGCUUUAGAAUGAAGGUCUUCCAGAAGCCACAUCCGCACAAUUUUCCACUUAACCAGGAAAUGUUUCUCCUCUAAAUGCAUGAAACCAUGUUGGAGAUCUCUAUUGUAAUCUCUAUUGGAGAUUACACUGAUAAAAUCAAUAAAUAACUGAAACUUGA